CUUUAAUUGUCAGUAUCUACAAAAAUUUAACCAACGCCUAUUUUGUAGUUGUUUUUUUAUCAUGACACGCGUUGGGUGCAUCACCAACUGUAUUUAUAACACUCACUGUAACGCCAUAGACGUCUCCGGGACGUAUUGUCGCCUUAUUCGAGGUUGGAACUCCUUAUACACGGAACAGAACGUGGCCACGACAUGCCAACGAUUCCAGAUCGUAACUAAACGACCAUGUCAAAUCAGGAGUUUUCAGUAACUGGAUUAUCAAUAAGUAGGGCCUCACAGGGGGUACGUAAACACCAGCAGGUCCAAGGAAACCAGAAAAAUCCAGUGCGGUUCCAGAUUUCUCCGGCCUCCGCAUGGACCAAAAAUGACCAUACUCGCAGAGUUCAGCUCGAAGUCACAGCAACUCCAUUGGCAAAGCAAACGGAACAACAGGUCCAGUUCUGGUCUCCACAGGAGUCCUACUCGGUUCGGUCAGCUGUCAAUCAAAAUGAAGAGGGUGGAGACAAUCGACAGGUGCUGCAUGGAGAUGAGAACUCAAAUGUGGAGGGAGAGGCUCACUCAAUGGAUGUUUUGUCGAGUCUGUCUGGGUCAGUGUUAUACACGGGGUGGCAGAGCUACUACGCCAAGGCAUACUCCAUGAGUAACAAGUUUGGAAGGGUAAACCCCCACUCAGUGGUCUCAUCAGUCUCGGAAACAGACGAUGUGGUGGUCUCCUCCCCCCGGAGAAUUAUAAUGAGCUCCCCACCCCAACAAGACUCCCUGACCCCCAGGAAUCGGCUCAACAAGGCACCCACAGGUUUGACUCCAAGUCUGUCCGCUGUGACCGUGUCCAAGACAUGUAAUAAUGGAGACAUCAACAGAAACAGUCUUCCUCCUGUAAAGACAGACUCCAAUAACAACUGUAACGCUGCGGUCGACCAUUCUCCGAAAGAUGCUCUCGCCACGAUCAGACAGUUCUUGGUCGCAAGUCAGCAACGAGUCGUCGUGUUGAAGAAAAACUUGGUAGACUAUGGUGUGGAUGAUAGCAGUAACUCGUCAGAUGAAGAACAGGAGACUGCAUUGUCUGAUGUUGUGUCGCCCUGUUAUGCUGGGGAAAAGAGGAAGGUAGAGGAUAAUGAGAGAGAGAAGGAGGAAGUAAAGGUUAAAAGGAAGUGCAUACAGGAAAAGGAAGUGGCAGCAAAAUCAGAAUGUGAAGCAGCUGGGGUUGAAAUGGCGGAAAGGAAAGACUCUGUUGUAAGUGUGUCGACUUGUUUCAUUGGACCGAUUGACACGAGAUGUGUUACAGCAAGGAGGAAUCUAGAGACAGCUAUAAAUGUUCAAAGAAUGUCAGAAACUUUUGAGAGCAAGCACUAUGGCAAAAAAUCAGGAUUAGAUGUUAAAGAGGAAUGCAAGAUUGAAGUAAAACAGAGUCAGUGUUUGGGCUUUUCUCCUUACCAUAAUUCCCAGCCUAAAUCCUCAGUCUCUGUAGUGAGUUCAAGUCCUAGAGGUACUUACAGUAAUUCUCCAGCCUAUGAAUCUCCAAGGAUAAAGAAAAAAUCUGACAGGUCCCUUAGAUCCUUUAUAACUUUAGUAAAGUCUAAGGGAAUGUUGCAGUCAAAGUCAUCAGAAGCUGUGAAAUCUUUCAUAGAUAGGAAUGAAAAUGCACAAGAAUUAACUGGAAAUGAUCUAUAUAGUUCCAAUACUAAUCAACUUGGCAGUGUUCCAAGGAAAGUGGACAGUAAAACUGCAGAUAAAGCAACACCCUCUAGGCAUCCUUUCUGGGCUAGUUGUGGAAACUCCACGUAUUCUCCACUGAUGGGCCAACGUGAAAAUGACGCCAACGAAGAAGUGAAGUCAACUCUAAAGAAACACUUCCGGACCAUCAGUGCCCCGGAAAACCUUCCAAUUAGAAAUGUUGAUCCAGAUCUGCAGAAAUCACAAGACUCCUUCAGUCUCUCUGGUGACACCACCAGUGUAACGGGAGUCAGUUUAAUGCCAAAUCGUUUGCGCUUCUAUCAGAAUUCCAGACUAAGUUCCAGCUUCUCGCCCCAUUCCAACUCUCUGACGUACGACUGGAAGGAGAAUUUCAAGAAGACGAGCGGCAGCUAUGGUGUCCCGUACUUAGAUUCCCAUUGCCAUUUGGAUUUCCUGUUCAAUCGUGGCCGGUUCAUUGGAUCCUGGAGCCGGUUUAAGGCGGCCAACUCGGAUACUUUCCCUGAUAACUUUGCAGGCUGUGUGGCGGUGUUUUGUAAUCCCUUCACUUUUAAAUCAGAGGGGCUUUGGAAGGACGUGUCGUAUGAGAAGGAUGUGUGGCUGGCCUUUGGCUGUCACCCUAAGAGCGCCACUGACUUCUCCCUAAAGUGCUACAACGGACUGAGGGAGUGUCUACAGCACGAGAAAGUGGUGGCCCUCGGGGAAAUAGGACUGGAUUACUCAGGAACAUUUAAACAACACAUGGACGUCCAGAAGAUUGUGUUUAGAAGACAGAUUCAGUUGGCCUUAGAGAUGAAGAAACCACUGGUCAUCCAUUGUAGAGAUGCUGAGGAUGAUUGUCUACAGAUACUGCAAGAGAUGGUGCCUAGAAACUACAAGAUCCAUUGUCACUGUUUUACGGGUGACUACUCUGGGGCCCAGCGGUGGAUGGAGGCCUUCCCCCGGCUGUAUAUUGGACUGACCCCAAUGGUCACCUACAGACAGUGUGUGCAGACCCACAAUGUGGCCCGCUACCUCCCCCUCAACAAACUCCUGCUGGAGACCGACGCUCCAUACUUCUUGCCAAAGAAGAUCCCCAAGGAGGAGAUGGCCCUGUCCCACCCCGGCAUGGCUAUAACCGUGGCAGAGAGGGUGGCCUUUUUCCGUCAGUGCUCCGUACAGGAAGUGCUCCAGGCCUGCCGCACCAACAUGAGGGACAUGUACGGAAUAUGACGAAUGUGACAGACAAGGAAGGUUUGGCAUUGCGCCGUAACAGAGCCACCAAAGUUAAACAUCAACUUAUUGCAAAGAUGGAUGGAUUUUUGUGAACAAUGUAUUGCAUGGAAUUGCGAUUCGUCAGCUAUAUCACAGUGCUAACUGACUCUCAGUAGAUGGACCAUUUUAUGUAGUGCUUUACACUAUGAUGGACAACAAACAGCAAGGCUUUAUCAGUUUUAUAUUAAUUUGUCGUUCUUUCAGACUUUUUAUGUAAUGUUUUCCUUUGAGAUUUUGUCGUAAGAUUGAGUACGUUUAUGACUUGUCAGAUUUGUAGCUCACUUAAAAGUGUUACAACAAAUUUUUUUUAAAUGAUAUUUUCACUGUAAAGUUCAUUAUUUAAGUUUAAGUUAAUAUCAGUAUAAUACAUUUUGCUAGAAGGGCUCAAUAGUAUACAUUAUGCAUAAACAUUUUUUAUGAGAACUUUAGGCAAUCUGGAUUUUGUUUAUUUCAAAUGACAUUUUUUAAAAACAACUUCUACUGUCAUUAAUGAAUUACUUUGCCCUUAUUCUCAUUAUUAAACCAAAAUUGUUUACAACAUUCACCUAUGAAAAGAAUUUGUUGCUAAACCUUCUUUAUAGAUUUUCUCUUUUACUAGAUCUUUUCUCAUUAACUAGAUCUUUACAAUUGAAAUUCAUUUUAAAAUUAAUACUUAGGCCACACCAAUAUAAUUUCUUGUUCGUAGGACCCUGCACGCUCAUUUAAAAAUAAAAUUAAAUAAAUAAUAUUAUUAUUAAUUUCCCGCAACCAAUAAAUUCUGUGCUGUUUUCUUUUCUAUUUCCGCUCUAUUUUUUGCAUUUUAAAAAGUUUUAAUAAAAACCAGAAACAAGAAGAAAAAAAUAUAACUGUCUGCACAAAAUUUAUGAACUGCUGAAAACUUUUGACUACAAUAGAUAAUAAUUUUAUUAUUAUUUAAUGGCUCGCCCGCUCAUAUCUUUUUUCACUAGAUGUCCGAUGAUCAAGAAAUUAUAUUUGUGUGGCCUUACAAUAUAGUCAUGUUAGUCUACAGCAUGAAUUGUUAAGAAGAAAAAUUAAUUAGUUAAUUAGGAGAUACUGUAUACAGGGAAAUAUGCAGCGCCCGUUAUAUUUUUGCCGAUUUCGCCCGUGUUGACUAUGGGCGAAUUUAAGACUGGGCGAAUUCCAUUGACGCAUAUAAUAUUCAUUUUAACACGUCACAUUUGGGCGAAAUUGAGACAGUGUUAAACUGUUUGCAAGUGUAGAAGGGCGAAAAUAUCACAGGGCGAACAUAACCCUGUAUACAGUAAUCUCUAUGCAGCAGAUAAAUCGUCACAAAGUUUACAAGUUCAUUCUGAUUUCUAAUACACUGUACAUUCUUUUAUAUUGAAAUUUAUUUAUACCAUGACUAACUGUACUGUUGACCUCAAAAGCACUUCUUAAGUUGUUUGGGUUAGGACUUUAUAUAUGUAGGGCAUAUAUUUAUCAAAGGUGAAGAAAUAUGGCCAUAUAUAUCUCAAACAACUAGGAUGGGUCUUGAUAAAAUGAGAAAUGAUAAGGAUUUUUUGUGUAUGUCAAGUCAAAAAAAACUUUGUUGUAAAUUGUGAGAAAAAAUAGAGCUGGGAAAUCUUCAUGUCAAGGACAUUCACAAAAAGUUACUUGAAGGUCAUUUACAUUCCAUAUUCAUAUUAUAAAGGGCCAAAUACAUUAUCUGACAAACUGACUCAUUAUUCUAUAGAGAGUAAAAGGGGGUACCUCUGAGUAGAGAGCAGAGAGAGAAUACGCUCUUAAAAAUAUCAAUACAUGUACAAGGAAAUGUUUUAAGGACUAUAGUCAAAACGUUUUAGAGCUAAUGAACCUUCUAAACACUCAAAUCAAAUUAUGUUUUUGAUUUAUUAAAAUGAUAUGUAAAAUUGUAAAUCAUUAUUGUUCAAUUGCUUACUGUAGCAUGCACGGAUCCAGAAUAUUUUUUCCAGGAAUGGGUCCGAUUUUGCCGUAGAGGGAGAGAGAGAGGGGGGGGGGGAUCGGGGGUCCGAUCCGAGGCAGUUUUUCGUUAAUUUUACUAUUUAAAUUCUUUUUUUUUAAAAAUCCAGGAGGGGGGGAUCCGGGCCCUUCUGGAUCCCGCGUGCUUAGGAAACCCUGCGGUGCAAAAUUCGACAGAAAUUGGUUUUAAAAAAUUUAAACAUUUGAAGAUUAUCUUUCUUGACAGAGGAAUAUCUAACCUUUAAAAGAUGAUGUACAUUGUGACAGAACAUUAACAAUGAACUUGUCAUUAAAAAGAAAAAGACCCUAGA